GAGAAACACACACUGUAAAGAAACCUAAACCCUUGAUAACCCCCAAAACACCAUUUCCUCCAUCAAUGGCGUCAGUCGCAUUCAGAAAUCCAAAUUCGAAGCGCGUGUUAUCACUCUCCCCUCAAAUCUACUCAUCAUGCUCUAGAGUUUCCACUCAGUUUUCACUCUCCGAGGCUAUAAAUGCAAAUGAAACAACUACUAAUCUCUCUAAUCCAUGGUGGAGAUCCAUGGCCACUUUCACUCGAACAAAACCUCAUGUAAAUGUGGGAACUAUCGGCCACGUUGAUCAUGGGAAGACUACUCUUACUGCUGCAAUCACAAGGGUCCUAGCAGAAGAAGGAAAGGCCAAGGCGAUUGCAUUUGAUGAAAUCGACAAAGCCCCUGAAGAGAAAAAGAGAGGAAUUACUAUUGCCACAGCCCAUGUGGAGUAUGAGACUGCUAAAAGACAUUAUGCUCAUGUUGAUUGCCCAGGACACGCAGAUUACGUUAAAAAUAUGAUUACUGGAGCUGCCCAAAUGGACGGUGGUAUCCUAGUUGUAUCUGCUCCAGAUGGACCUAUGCCACAAACAAAGGAGCAUAUUCUUCUUGCCCGCCAGGUCGGUGUACCGUCACUUGUCUGCUUUUUAAACAAAGUUGAUGCUGUUGAUGAUCCUGAGCUGCUGGAACUUGUUGAAAUGGAGCUUCGGGAACUGCUUAGUUUCUACAAGUUUCCUGGGGAUGAAAUUCCUAUCAUCCGUGGUUCAGCUCUUUCUGCUUUACAGGGAACAAAUGAAGAAAUUGGAAAGAAAGCUAUUUUAAAGUUAAUGGACGCUGUAGAUGAAUACAUUCCAGAUCCAGUGCGUCAACUUGAUAAACCAUUCUUAAUGCCAGUAGAAGAUGUAUUCUCAAUUCAGGGACGUGGAACUGUUGCUACUGGCCGUAUUGAACAGGGAACAAUAAAGGUUGGAGAGGAUGUGGAGAUUUUAGGGCUGAUGCAGGGCACUUUAAAAUCUACAGUGACUGGUGUUGAAAUGUUCAAGAAGAUCUUGGAUAAUGGUCAAGCUGGUGAUAAUGUCGGGCUUCUUCUACGUGGCUUAAAACGAGAAGAUAUUACACGAGGAAUGGUGAUUGCAAAGCCUGGUAGUGUGAAAACGUCGAAGAAAUUUGAGGCGGAGAUAUAUGUACUAACAAAGGAUGAAGGUGGUCGGCACACUGCUUUUUUCUCAAACUAUAGGCCUCAGUUCUACAUGAGGACUGCUGACAUUACUGGUAAAGUGGAGUUGCCUGAAAAUGUCAAGAUGGUUAUGCCUGGUGAUAAUGUUACUGCUACUUUUGAGCUGAUAUCUCCAGUUCCUCUUGAAACAGGACAAAGAUUUGCCCUGAGAGAGGGUGGCAGAACGGUUGGUGCUGGGGUUGUUUCCAAAGUACUGAGCUGAGGGUUCACAGAAAAUUCAGCGUAUGUUUCAGUCUGGUUGUCUCGAGAGGGGUUGACAAAUGAAAAUUCUAUUGCUCUACUUGCGGAAAUACAAGACACGCGACGAUUGCUAAAUGUAAUCAUCAUUUGACACAAUUUUUUUUUGUUGCAAUGGCGAGAGAGUCCAUGUGUUGUGUGAUUGAAUAUAUUGGAAGGAGUCCAUUUUGUAGCAUCUUAUAGUUCAUAAGCGGUAAUUACUCUAAAUAAUAAAAUUUUUAGUGUAAUGAACUAUGGUUUUUUGCAUUCACGAGGAACUCCAUGGUAGAUGCUGCACGAUAUGAAUGUACACAAUAAAUCCUAAUAUCAUUUCGAGCUGUUUGCUUCCUUUCUUC